AGCCAGCGUUUGGGGUCAUAAAGCAACGACCGAGACGACGAAGAUGACGCUGCCGGUAGUUGAGACGACGGAUGGCCCGAUGCGCCUGCCGAUGGAGGCCGCCACCAUGGAGCGACGCCCGCAGUGGGAGCCGUAUGACUUCAACGGCGGUACCGUGCUCGCGGUUGCGGGCAAGGACUUUGUCGUCGUCGCCGGCGACACGCGCCUCAGCACGGGCUACUCGAUCCUGUCGCGCGACGAGAGCAAGGUGCACACGGUCGCCAACAACGUGCUUCUGGCGAGCCCCGGCAGCUUCAACGACGUGGUGCAAUUGCGUGGCGUCUUGAGCAUCCGCGCGCAAAUGUAUCAGCACGAGAACGACGUGUCGCCGUCGGUCGAGUCGAUGGCGCAGCUCCUCUCGAACACGCUCUACUCGCGCCGCUUCUUCCCGUACUACUCGUUCUGCUUGCUUUGCGGCAUUGACAAGAGCGGCAAGGGCGUCGUGUACGAGUACGACGCGGUCGGGUCGUACAAGGGCACGACGCGCGGCGCGCAGGGCAGCGGCGGCCAUCUCAUGAUCCCGCUCCUCGACAACCUCGUGACGCACGACUCGCGGGCGGACCCGCUCCGCGAAUACACGAUUGAAGAAACCAAGGACAUCAUCAAGGAUGCGUUCAUCACAGCCGGCGAGCGCGACAUCUACACAGGCGACAAGGUCGAGCUCUUUGUCAUUACGGCCCAAGGCACGACCCGCGAAGAGUUCCUCUUGAAGCAGGAUUAAGCCAUGCGUAGCUAACGGCGUACUAAUGCCAUGUACUCUGCGACGCUGGUGCAACGACUUC